AUGCCUACAAAUUUGAAGGCCAAAAGAGGGAGGAAAGAUUACUGUGAAUGCAAGUCAAAGAUACUUAAACUGGUUUUCAUAGCAUACAUCAAAGAAGCUAAAAUUGUUAAUCUUUACAAUAUCAUUUUGGCAAACGAUGUAUGUAAGUCAUUAAAUAAUACUAUUUUAUUCUUCUUCUUCUUCCCUGCCCUAGGAGGAAAUUCUUUUUCUCAUGGUUACCACUUAUGUACCGGGCUCUUGAUGAGGAAGACACCCUAUCUUGCCCUCCUUGAAUUAGGAGGACAUUGUAGGGUAUCUUGUUGA